CAGGAACAACACUGCUGUUAAGAGCUGUGCGUGAGAAAACCCCUCAGAAGGUUAUCCACAUCAGAGGCUGAUCGGACUUCUGCCCUUGCUAGCUUGUCUUUGUGGCUUCCUCCUGUGCCCUUCACAGUGAGAAAAGCUGUGUAAAUUUGUUCUUGUCCUGAGGCAACAUUCACCUGAGUAUGCCUCUCUUCUCCUGAUCCAAGAUCUUCGAAUAAGAAGUCUUCAUUAGGACUUGGAGGUUGGAGAAGGUUUUCACUGCAGAAAUCUCUCAUUGUUCAAUCAAAGUGGCCGGAAGUCAAAAAAGCUUAGUUAAAGUUGAAAAAUAAUCCUUAUUUCUAUGGAGUUUUGACUACACCAUGUAUCUUCACAGAUACUGAGCACUCCAAAUCUGGUUGGCAAAUGAUGUAACUUCCAAUGCUGUCUGAUCAGAAAGCUUCUGAACAAUGAGCCUGUAAACACAUGGAAACAGAGUGAAAAGAUUUUUGCAGUCUCACAUGUGGGCAUUGCCAAAUGCUGGGGCUAAGUGAAAAUAACUGGCAGCUGCAUGCAGAGCUGCUUCCUCAUCAUAAUCAUAUGGACAGAGUUCCCGGAGGAGGGUAGAAUACAGCUUGUCAGGGUUUGAGAUGACCUUGCUGGUUUCCACUUGGGAAAGUGGAUCUGGUCGGCCUUCUCUGCCCCUCUUCUACUUUGUUCCCACUUGCCUCAGAGGGUUAAGCUGAGGGGACCAGAGAAUUUUGUGUCAUGACUUGCUGCACUCGUGGUGUGACUGUAGGAGGUCAAGGAGAUAAGACUGCCUGCAAAGCUCCUUCUGCAAUGCCUGUGCACUGCUCUCCUUUCUCUGUGUGCCUCUGCACUUGGCUCUUGCAAGCACUAAAUAGCUGUUCAGACUGAUGAACAACCAGAAGAGCAAUCUGUGGGCAAAGACUGGUAACUAAACUCCUGCCCUGGGGCUUCUGCUCAUACAAGAUUGGAACUGGAGGAAUAAUAGCAGAGACUCCAGGCUCUUGUGUGUCUCCCACCCCCCAACUUAUGCAUUGUCUUUGAAACACUGGAAAGGGAUUUGUGGGGCCUUGUCUGAAACAUGAUUUCCCUCCUGUCCAUUACCCAGCGUUAGAAGAGUGAUGGGAGUGAUUUGCCUUGGUUCUUUAAAUCUGUGGCAGGAGGCAUCAGGGAGAAGUAUAUAACUGCAUGUUCUGCAAUGGCACAAAGCUGAGAGAAAAGCUGCAAGGGCUCAGAGUAUUUUCUGAAAAAGUUCUGCAGGGCAGAGGAGUUGAACAGUUGAUCACAUGCAGGAGCACGGGAUAGAUGGAGUACAGCUGACUCAACAGCUACAGGGGAUUUGGGUUUUGCAAUGGAACAGGUAUGGUUGCUGCUCCUGCUGAUGAUUGAAGUGCUCCCAGUGACUGCUCAGUUCAAUGGAUACAACUGUGAUGCUAACCUCCAUAGCAGGUUUCCUGCUGAGCGAGAUAUCAAUGUUUUCUGUGGAGUACAGACGAUUACUAUGAAGAUAAAUUUUUGCACAGUUCUUUUUUCUGGUUAUUCUGAGACAGAUCUGGCACUGAAUGGGAAACAUGGGGAUGCCCACUGCAGGGGCUUCAUCAAUAACAACACCUUUCCAGCAGUGGUCAUUUUCAUCAUCAAUCUGAGUACUUUGGAAUCUUGUGGAAACACCUUAGUGGUAUCCUCAGCUCGAGGUAUCAAUGCUUAUGGAAAUACCUCAGUGGUACAGAUAGGUAAUGUUUCAGGCUAUAUUGACACACCAGACCCACCAACGAUUAUCAGCUAUUUGCCUGGGCUUCUGUACAAAUUUAGCUGUAGCUACCCACUGGAGUACUUGGUUAACAACACCCAGCUCGCUUCGUCAUCAGCUGCUAUUUCUGUGAGAGAGAACAAUGGUACAUUUAUCAGCACUUUGAAUUUGUUGCUUUACAAUGAUUCAACCUACAGCCAGCAACUCCUUAUUCCAAGCACAGGUUUACCUUUGAAAACCAAAAUAUAUGCAGCUGUAAGAGCAACCAACCUUGAUGGCAGGUGGAAUGUUUUGAUGGACUACUGUUACACCACACCAUCUGGCAAUCCUAGUGAUGAUCUUCGGUAUGAUCUUUUCUUCAGCUGUGACAAGGACCCGCAGACAACCAUAAUUGAGAACGGCAAGAGUCAAAUGGGCCGGUUUUCCUUCGAGGUGUUUCGCUUUGUGAAGCACAAGAACCAGAAGAUGUCCACUGUCUUCCUCCACUGUGUGACGAAGCUGUGCAGAGCAGAUGACUGUCCCUUUCUUGUGCCAAUCUGCAGCAACAGAGAAAGAAGAGACACUGGUGGACGGACGACUUGGCGCCCUCAGAGCACAUCGGGCAAUGCUGUCAUCUCUGCUGGCCCCAUCAUUACAAGGAGUGAUGAGACACCAACCAACAAUUCACAGCUUGCUCACCCAAAUGGACCUCCUUUCCAGAUGAACACGGUCACCAGUGCGCUGAUUUCAGGCAUUGUCGUCCUGGGAAUUUCAAGCAUUUUCUUUUUUGUAUGUUCUCUAACCCUUCUGCACAGAAACUGGCCCAGCAGUUCGGUCCUGAGCGGCAUCCGAAACCCAGUUUUCAACUGAAAGUGAUGAUUUGUUUGCACUUUUUGUUUGGGGUUGCCUUUCUUGUCUGUGAAGUAUGAUUCCAUUAAAAAGUAAAAUUAAGGCAACACUCCAGUGAUAUCCAGCUUCUGUUCCAGCUAUUCUGUAUUUGUAGAUUUGAUAGAUGAUGUUGUGUAGGUGAGCAGCAGUGAUGUUGGUAACAAGCCUAGAAAAUGUUGAGAAUCUCAAUUGUGUUUGCGAUCAGACUGCAUGACAUUUGCCCAUGAAUGUGCUGACAAUAGAGCUCACAUCUUCAUCUGCUCAGUAAGGUCUAAAAGCUGGAGAGGCUGCAGAUGAGAACCUUUCCAAGUAUGCAACUUUAAUACAAAGGCUGACAUAUUCAGGAAAGUUCAUAAGUUCAUGAACACCUAGUAAGAUAAGGAUAACUUCUUUUUUGGUAUUACAUUUUUCACAAAUACAAGUGUGUCUCAGGAGGAAUUUGUUUUCAGCUGUCUUUGCUAAAAAUGACCUAAGAGAGGCUUGGAACAAGUGACUUUUACUUAUUUGUAAUUUCAAAGUAUUUUCUUAAAUAUAUCUUUCAUUGGCUUGUGGAGGUAUCAUGUAUCAAGUAUCACCCAAACUUUCCUCACAGAAAAUGAAUUUUGGUACACAGUUUGGCAACUGAGUAAAACUCCCAGUAAUAUACUAAUUGUUAAGGGCAAGUUUUGCCCUGUGAGUUUUCCAGCUCUCAGAUAAAGCUUUCAUUUCCACAUGAACAGUCAUCAACCAGUGCUUAUUUCUUUAGCAGAUCUUCUGCAUGAGUUAGACUUGUUCACUGCAUGGAUGAGGGGAAGAAGGCAACUAGAAGGAUAACAGGCUACAGGCAGUACUGCACUGUUGCCUCUAGUUAUUCUGAUGAACAUCUGACUUAUCUGAAGUGAGUGUGAGGGGCAGGUGCCCUCAAACAGGAGCACAAGGCAGUGGCUUAGCUGUGUAGACAAAAAUGCUGGUACUAGAGAGGCCACCAUGGGCACAACAUAUUAAGCUGGACCGGAUAGACAGUUGGGAUUUUGGUCACACAUACAGCAGUUAAAUUCCAUUUUUCGUGUACUGUACAUAUUGGCCUAGAAACACCUCAUUGAUAUUUAUCAUCAUCCUGUGUUAACUGUGUCUGUGUCAGAACUGGCUAAUGAUCAGGGCUUUUUGGCUCUCAAGGCUAAAGACAAAUACAGUCUUGUUCUCAGUUUUCUCUGACCCUGCAAAUGCUGUAUAAAGGCCUGUUGUUUGCAAAUUCCACUGUGCUGUAGGGCGGUAUCCCUAACAACCAAUACUGUGCCUG